AUGAGCGCGAGCGGCCCGGCGGCUCCCGGGGACGGCCCGGCGCUGCCGCCGCCGCCGCCCGGGCCCGGCCCGGGGCCCGCACCGCCCACGCCCGCCGCCACCGCCCGGGACGCCAUGGACGGGCGCGCCGAGCUGCCCGCCUUCCCCCGGGCCGGACCCCCGCCGCUCGCCGCCAGCGACACGGUGCCCGCGGCGCCCGAAGGGGCCGGGGCGGUUCGCCCUGGCCCGCCGCCGCGCCCCACCUCCUUCUCGGUGCUGGACAUUCUGGACCCCCACAAGUUCAAUAGCAGAAGACGCCGCUGUGUGCUUCUGGGCCCCGUGGCGCCCUCCGCAUGCUCCCCGUGCGCCUCGGCCCCGUGCGCUCCGGCCCCGUGCGCCCCGGCCCCCGCCGCCCCGGGACGCCCGCCGCGCGCGGAGGAGCUGGAGCGCCGCGCCCUCGCCGCCGCCGGAGGAGCUGGAGCCGCCACCGGAGCUGAGCCGCCGCACGCCGGCGACCCCUGCAAGGCGGACGAGGCCGAGGUCAGCGGCUACAGCAGCGGCGGUGGCGGCCGCAGCCCGAGCGCGGACAGCGGGGACGAGGCGCCCGACGACGACGACGACGACGACGACGAGGCGCCCGACGCGGGGACUGCGCGCAGCGCGGAGGAGGCUCGGGGAGGCGGCGGCGGCCUCGCGGCCCGCGGGUCGGGCUGCCCGGGCGCGGCCGAGACCGAGGCGCCCCCCGGCGCGGUGGACGAGGCUGCAGCGCCUGGCCCCCGCGGGAACUCGCCCGGAGCCCCCGUCCCGCCUGGGGCCUCGGCGGCGACGCCGGGGGGCGCGGGCACGACCCCGCAGGGCGCGGCCGCGGCGACGAAGCCAAAGCGGAAGCGCACGGGCUCGGACUCCAAGUCCGGGAAGCCGCGGCGCGCGCGCACCGCCUUCACCUACGAGCAGCUCGUGGCGCUGGAGAACAAGUUCAAGGCGACGCGCUACCUGUCGGUGUGCGAGCGCCUCAACCUGGCGCUGUCGCUGAGCCUCACCGAGACGCAGGUGAAGAUCUGGUUCCAGAACCGCCGCACCAAGUGGAAGAAGCAGAACCCUGGCGCCGACACGAGCGCGCCGACCGGCGGCGGCGGGGCCCCGGGGCCGGGCGCGGGGCCGGGCGCGGGGCUUCCCGGCGGCCUCAGCCCGCUUAGCCCGUCGCCGCCCAUGGGCGCGCCGCUCGCCAUGCAUGGCCCCGCCGGGUACCCGGCGCACGGCCCCGGCGGCCUGGUGUGCGCCGCGCAGCUGCCCUUCCUGUCGAGCCCGGCGGUGCUGUCGCCCUUCGUGCUGGGCUCGCAGACCUACGGCGCGCCCGCCUUCUACGCGCCGCACCUCUGA